AUGAAAGGGGAAAACUACAGAAUUGCACUAACACAAAAUGCUCGUCCGUUUGCUGUGGCAGCCCCUCGUAGAGUGUCCGCUCCAUUAUUGAGCAAAGUCAAAGAAGAAUUGGAUCGACUGCAUUCUGAGGGAAUAAUUGAGCCAGUGGUAGAACCAACAGACUGGUGUGCACCAAUUGUUGUUGUACCGCGUAAGACAGUUCUGGUGUCCUACAACAAAAAUCGUAAAACCAGAGUUGCAGCUGAUGCCUCGUCAUUUGGCCUAGGAGGGGUGAUUGAACAAUUUGUGGAUGGAAAGUGGAAACCAAUCACCUAUGCAUCGAGAUCUUUAUCACCGACAGAGAUGCGUUAUGCUCAGAUAGAAAAGGAGGCACUGGCACUGACUUGGGCAUGCUCAAGGAAAUCAAAGAAGCUCAGGAUACUGAUGAGGAAUGCGGAAGAAUUAAAUCCUGGAUUGUGA